AUGUUAACUUCUCCCGGUAUUCAAGGCAUGAUGAUCAGUCAAAAUAAUCGACUCGCAAGAAAGGCUGUGGAAGUAGGUGUUGCUGGGAUUGUUGUCUCCAACCAUGGAGGCUGCCAACUAGAUUAUACUCCUACCACCAUUUCUGUCCUGGAAGAGGAUCUCAAGAAAAAAGGAGUCUUUAAAAGAAACUCUGCCAUUGGAAAAGUUGUAGUUGAUGCUGUUGGAGGAAAAGUUCCUGUUCUGCUUCAUGGAGGAGUAAGGCGAGGAACAGAUGUGUUCAAGGCAUUUGCCUUGGGUGCACAAGCUGUCCUUGUUGGAAGGCCUGUAAUCCAUGGUCUUGCAGCAAACGGAGAACGCGGUGUGAGACGGAUUAUCGAAAUGCUGAAAGAUGAGUUUGAGCUCACUAUGGCCCUCUGUGGCUGCCCUGGUGUUAUGGAUAUCACCAGGAGCCAUGUGAGAACAGAAUGUGAUCAACUCCACUCCAUGCUUUGA